AUGGAGGACAACAAUGACGAUGUGGACAGAGACAAGGAUCCCCCCGAUACUUUCUCCGAGUACUCAGACCCGGAAUCUGAGGGUGGUGGCUUCCCCAUCGAUUGGGACGAGGUCUACCGUGAGAUUGAGUAUAGGCACCCUGGCUACGACGAAGUACCGCCGAUAUGGCAGGGGUGA